AUGGGCGAGUCGUUUGAUAUCCAGAACCUACUCCAGACGGGGUACUUUACAACUUCCCGGGCCAAAAGCCCAAAACCUCCACCAUCUCAGAUUGAGGAUCGUCCCUCUUCUCAACCUCCAGCCCAGCAGCAACCAUACCAACUGCCUUAUUACCCAUUAAUACCACGACCGAAGUCUGCAGUCCCAGCACGAGUUCCAAAAAUUCGACCACCGCCACCCUCUGUCGAAGAUGAAGAAGUUUCACUCAGGCGAGAACAUGGCGCGUCCAUCUCCAUGAACCAGGAGGAAGAAACCCCGUCACGUGGGGAAGCUGAACAAAAUCCGGUGAUUAUGGAGGUUCAUGAAUAUAACCCUGAGCGACGGUUUGUUAUUUUGACAGGCUCUUCAAGUGGUUCAGAGGGAGGCGAAACCGACAGGAAGAGCGGGUCAGACAGAAGAAGUGAACCUGAGAGAAGGGCAGAGGGACAUAGGCGCACCGAAUCUGGCAAAAAGUCUGAGCCAGAAAGGAAGAACGUAUCAGAGUCAAAGCCCCCGCGAGUUGACCGUUUUGAGAGACCUGAACGAAGUGAGCGCGCGGAAAGAACAGAAAGAGUUGAGCGGUUGGAAAAACAAGAGAGAUCAGAAAGAAACGAAAGGGUUGAACGACAAGAGAGGUCCGAGAGGAACGACCGUAUUGAACGACAGGACAGACCCGAAAGAAGUGAACGAAUAGAGCGAAACGACAGGCCUGAACGUAGCGAGAGGGCCGAACGACAGGAGAGGCCGGUGAGCGACACCUAUACAGACGCAAGAUCCAGCCGAAGAUACGAUGCCAACCUGAAAGCCGAUGCACCAGCAACUAGGGAACGCAGCAGACCGCCCUUAGAGAAACGACGCAGUAGACAAGAUUUACCUCGACUGGAAACUGAGUUUCGAGAUGAUCAGUUACCCGAGAAAUACCGUACUCGUCCUUCAGCGUCUGCAAGCAGCCGUUAUGAACAGCCUCCUGCCCGGCCACCCAAAAUCCCCGUUGACCCCCUGCUUGCGCCUGAAAUUAUUAAGAGCAGCGCCAGCGGCCGGGAUCAAGCGUAUUAUGGACAGUCCCAAAGUGCUGCUCGCAGGUCACCUACCCGGCCCAACAAUGUGUCCAGCAUGCCGGGCGAACGAAGGUAUGAAAGCAGCCAUACCCGAAAUUCUUCAACUGCAUCCACGACGAAACGCACGACUGUCGAACCUGAGAAGUCGACGCGGCCUUUGUCUAAGGAGAGGGUUGGCGAGGUCCCUACUCGCCCGCUCUCAAAAGAACGGGCUGAUGAGAAGUCCUCUCGUCCUUUAUCUAAGGAGGGUCGUCCUUUAUCUAAGGAGGGUCGUCCUUUAUCUAAGGAAGGACCCAAAGUCGAGUCCCCUUACAGGAAUGAGUACGCAUCGAGAAGCAGCAGGAAGGAAAAAUCUCCUCCUUAUUCAAGACCAGAACGUGAGGAUUACGGCCGAGCCUCGACAUUCCCUUCCCGUGAGCCUGUACGAGAAUCGACAACUCGACGUGAUGACCGCCGUGAUGGUCGCGAUGAUCGUGGGGAUGAUAGUCGCUCCGGCGAUGACCAUCCCAAGGGCCCACGUGAACUUCAUCCUAGGCGCAAGAAGUCUGUUGUUCUGUCGGAUGAACGAGAUUCUCAACCGAAGUUGGAGAAGGUCGAUGCGCCUAGCGGUCCCAGAGAGAAGAUUCGUGGGCCUACGAUCCCCGUACCCGUCCCUAUUCCUAUCCCUGUUCCUAAUGGGUCAACUCCAUCAUCAGAAGUCCCUCCAAGCAUAAGGCCCGCCUCCACAUUCCCAAUAACCAGGGAUCAUCAUCCUCUUCCUGAAAGACCAAAAUCGGAACUUCCUUAUCCUAUGGAUGAUGAUCCCUUGGUUGACCCCUUUGACGUUCGGGGCAACGUGGAAAGGGUCGGCAGGUCACGAUCUCGAUAUGACGGCGAUUCCGUCAUCUCGAUGCCUAGCAUGCCAGCUCCUAUUCCGGGUGGCCCUGGAACAUCACUUGACUCUAGGCCUGCGUCGGCUUUUCCAUCGAUCAACCGUCCUCAGCCUUCUGCGCAAUCCUGGCAGCCGCCGGCCUUUGACCCCAUUCGAGACGGCGUUCGCCUCGAAAAGCCAGUGGGAUCCGUUCGACGUCACUCGGAACAUCAGGAAGCGACAGGUGUUACCACGUUUCCCGAGUGCCGCCGAAAGCAUCCUGUAGCAGGUCUGGUGGACUGGCUCACGCUACCCCGUACAGAUUUCAAUAUUUGUCCAGACUGCUAUGGCACUGUAUUUGCAAAGACACAGUAUCGAAACCCAUUCCAGCCCAUGCUUCGUCCCACAUCCCAGCCGAUUUCAUGUGACUUUGGUGUCGGGCCGUGGUAUCGUAUCGCAUGGCUUCUCACUUUAAAGAACGAGCUGCCUGAUCUGCGACUCUUUCAUGACGUUGCCAACGCCAUUACUGCCACCAAGAGUCUCCCUUGCCCGGGUGAUAGAGUCACCACACGCAACUGGCAAACACUCUGGAAUCCAUACACACGACAACCUGUCUACGAUUUCACAGUGUGUCCUCAGUGUGUCAAGAUAAUUCAUGCGCUAUUUCCCAAUCUUACUGGCAUCUUCAUUCCUGUCGAUCCCCGUUCAGAGCCAACUAGAGGGCUCUGUGCGUUACGCUUCAAGCCGAAACGGAAACGAUUCGUCAUGUACUUUGACGCUUUGGAAACAACGUCAGAUCAAGCACGACGGGAGCAAGAAGAGCCAGACCUCAAGACUCUUGCACAGGACAUCGAAAAGAUGGCUGCAGUGAGCGAGUGUCAGGAAGACAAGCCAAUGGUCGACGGGCAUUGGCACAUUAUGCAGUACCUCCAGCAGUUUACUGUCUGUGGCGAAUGCUUUGAUGAGGUGGUUCGGCCCUCGAUCAAGGAUGAUAACGUCAUUGCUCGCAAUUUCUACAUGAAGCCACAAAAGCUACCACUUGCAACGUGCCAGCUCUACUCUAAUCGGAUGAGAGAGAUUUUUAAGAAGGCUUGUCGAUGGAAUGAUCCUAAGUACUUGGAGGCUAAGGUACUUGAACGGUUGGAUGUCGAGGCCAUGAUCCACGAUAAGCUGGCUAGACUGGAGAGAUCAUCAGAAGAUGAGAAUUGGGUUGAAGAGCAAGUGGAUAAGUACAUUCAAGAAUGGAAGAGGUGGGAAUAA